AUGGUUCGUCACCGUCCGAGUGAUAUUGAGUCCCCCGGGCGCUCUCGCAUUUGCUCACGCUCCCGGUCUCGCUCAAAGGAAAAAUCCACCAGUCAUACCGAGCACAGGGCGAGAAGGAGAGAGCGUUGUCUGAUAGCCUCGCACCAUGGUAGCAGCCACAGACAGAGGCACGAGUGCUGCGUUUCCGGCUCGGCGUCGUCUCGGAGUAGAAGUAGAUCGUCCGAUUUGGAUUCGAGUGCCAGCAGUAGAAAGGAGAGAAAAAGAUCGCACAAGUCGAAGAAAAGAAAGAAGCACCGCAGUUCCGACGACAAAAAGCGCAAGCUGUCCGAGCCCAAGCAGAAGAAGAAGACGAAAGAACGGAAGCAAAGUUACAAGAAGAGUCGCCGUCGACAUGAACGCGACGACGAAUCGUCUUCUUCAUCUUCGUCUGACUCAGACACUAUCCGCAGCGUUAUCUCGGGUAAGAAAAUUGAGCGCAGGUUGAGCCGAUCGGCAGCAGACGUGCAAAACCAAAAGAGUCGUCAACAGUUGCUGCAAUUCUACAACGGCAUGUUCGACUAG